AUGGCGGCGGCGGCGGCGCACAGCGUGCGCGUGCUGCGCGAGCUGAACCGGCAGCGCGCGGCCGGGCAGUUCUGCGACGCCACGCUGGGCGUGGGCGGGCGCGAGUUCCGCGCGCACUGGCCGGUGCUCGCGAGCUGCUCCCGCUUCUUCCGCGCGCGCGGCCCCGGCGGCCCGGUGGCGCUGCCCGACGGCCUCGCCGACACGUUCCAGCUGCUGCUCGACUUCUUCUACACCGGCCGCCUGGCGCUCACCGCGCACAACCGCGCCCGCCUCCUGGCCGCCGCCGAGCAGCUGGGCGUGCCCGACGCCGUGGCGCUGUGCCGGGCCUUCCGCCCCGCCGCGCCGCGCCCGCGGCCCCGCCGCGCCCCCGGCCAGCCCCGCGGGGCCGCGGUGCGUCAGGGGGGCGGGCGCGGGCGGGAGGGGGCCGCUUGCCCGGCGGGGGCGGCGCCUGACCCGCCCGUUCCCCUGCAGGCCCCGGAGGAGGCGGCGGGCGGCGGCGAUCGCGGGGACGGCGGCGGCGAGUCCCUGCCCGGGAAGAAGGCCCCGCGGAGCAGAAGGAGCGCGCGGGCGGGGCGGGCGGCGGGCGGCGGGAGCGGCGCGGGCGAGCCGGCCGAGUGCCCCACGUGCCACAAAACCUUCCUCAGCAAAUACUACCUGAAGGUGCACAACAGGAAACACACUGGAGAGAAGCCAUUUGAGUGCUCCAAAUGUGGCAAAUGUUAUUUUAGAAAGGAGAAUCUCCUGGAACACGAAGCCAGAAAUUGCAUGAACCGAUCCGAGCAGGUUUUCACGUGUUCCAUCUGCCAGGAGGUGUUCAAGAGGCGGAUGGAGCUGCGGCUGCACAUGGUGUCGCACACGGGGGAGAUGCCGUACAAGUGCUCCUCCUGCGCCCAGCAGUUCAUGCAGAAGAAGGACCUGCAGAGCCACAUGAUAAAGCUGCACGGCGCGCCGAAGCCCCACGCGUGCUCGACCUGCGCCAAGUGCUUCCUGUCCCGGACGGAGCUGCGCCUGCACGAGGCCUUCAAGCACCGGGGGGAGAAGCUGUUUGUCUGCGAGGAGUGCGGGCACAGGGCCUCGAGCCGCAACGGCCUGCAGAUGCACAUCAAGGCCAAGCACAGGAACGAGCGGCCCUACGUGUGCGAGUUCUGCCACCACGCCUUCACGCAGAAAGCCAACCUCAACAUGCACCUGCGCACGCACACCGGGGAGAAGCCCUUCCAGUGCCACCUCUGCGGCAAGACCUUCCGGACACAAGCGAGCCUGGACAAGCACAACCGCACCCACACCGGGGAGCGCCCCUUCGGCUGCGAGUUCUGUGACCAGCGCUUCACCGAGAAGGGGCCCCUGCUGCGGCACAUCGCCAGCCGGCACCAGGAGGGGAGGCCCCACUUCUGCCAGAUCUGCGGGAAAACCUUCAAAGCUGUGGAGCAGCUGCGCGUCCACGUCCGCCGGCACAAGGGCGUGAGGAAGUUCGAGUGCACCGAGUGUGGCUACAAGUUCACGCGGCAGGCUCACUUGAGGCGCCACAUGGAGAUCCACGACCGCGUGGAGAACUACAACCCGCGGCAGCGGAAGCUGCGGAACCUGGUGAUCGAGGACGAGAAGGCCGUGGUGGGGGCCCUGCAGCCCCCGGAGCUGGAGGUGGGCUCGGCCGAGGUGAUCGUGGCGUCCCUGUCCCGCGGCUCCCUGCCCGACGUCCCCGUGCAGAGACUCUGCUCCAACGAGAACUUCUCUACAGCGGAUGUGAUUGAGCAGUCGCUCAUUAUAGCGACGACGAUUCCUGAAGACUGAGAGACGUAGCGCGACCCCCGCGCGUCCUUCCUGCGGGACACAGUAAAGCGCUGGCCGCAGCCGCCCUGCCGCGCUCGGCCUGUUCGCGGGGCGCGUCCCCCCUUCCCCUCCCGCGGGCAGGGAAACGGAGGGACAGUGAAGUCACCGUCGGGUCGCAGAUGAAAACAACACAAAGCUGCUCAGAACAGCUACUUAAAUAAACGUCCACAUGCUGCGCGGCAGGAGGUGACCAAGUGUGUGUGACCCUGUGAGGGGCCUUGGAGCGGGCUGGUCGCGGCGCAGGGCCGGCCGCCGCCCCCUCCCACCAAGGGUUGCUGAAAGGAUUGUCUGUUGAUUUGUGCCUUUCUUCUGCUUUCUUUUGUCAAGGUUCUGCUCCUUGCUGACUCUUUACCCACUGAAGGUACCUGCUCACCAGUGAACUAAUUUAACUGGUACUUAACAUGUUAUCUCAAGAGAGCUGGAAAAUGCUCCAAGCUCCCAUUUUUAGGUGUAGGGACUUAACACGUGUCUGAAAUGACGCAGCCAGGGUUGCUGAGACACCAGGAACCGUUUCCUGAGUGUUCCCAGGGUGCGGGAAGAUCCCCCCGUGCCCCAAAUCACAGCCACGCUCUCUCCCGUCUCCCUCUUCUACUCACCGAGAAGGCAGAACGUCUCCGGCUUAGCUGGAUCUCGGGCCUGGAAUGAGGAACAUGCACUCAAAACUCAGCGCAGUAAUCUGCUCAAAGACAACCUAUUCAUGGAACACGUUUUAUUUAACUUGACUGCUGCAAGUAAAUCUGAAAACAAACUAUGAGAAUAAAAAUAAAUUAUCUGUGAACGUAAAA